AUGGAAGGUAGACAGAAUAUCCCUCCGGGAGCGAUCCCAAUACCAAUGGGACCAAAUGGCCAGAUGCCAUCACCUCAGCAGAUUGCUGCCAUGCAACAGCAACUGGCCGCCGAAGCCCAGAAACAUGGCAUGACUGUCCCCCAGUUUGUCGAACACAUCAAGGCUCAGCGUAUAGCUCAGCUCCAGCAGGCUCAAAGAUUACAACAGCAGCAACAACAACAAGGAGGCGCUCCAGGUCAACAGCAAGGAGGACAACAAGGUCAACAAGGACCUCAAGGACCCCAGCCACCGCCUCAAGCGGCACCACCUCAAGCUCAACCGCAGCCCCAGCCCAUUCGCCCUGGCCCUCCCAAUCCCGUCGCUAUCGCUCUUGCCAAUUUCCUACGAGGCCAAACCUUGAAGCCGCGUACUUGUAUCAUCAAUGGAGAACGUAAAGACAUGUUUAGGGUCAAACGAGCUCUCCGAGCACUCGAGUCUCCUGCCUACGCAAAGGCACGCUCGAAGAACCCCGCGCUUCCUGAAAUUACGGAUCGCGCCUCUCUCGAGAACACCUUUAAGCUGUUGCCAAUGUCCAUGCUCGCCCUGCGUGUUACCAAGGUCGAUCCCCACGAGGGCCACGGCCAUGCCCCGAAGAAGGGAAAGCGAAUUAAGGGACUUUGGACGGUUAGGAUUGAACAACAACAGGAUGCCCAGGAUGACAUGUACUAUGUUUGGCUGUACGAAGGCAGCCAGAUAAUGCGCAAAGUCUACGGUGCUCUUGCCUUACUCCUCAUCUUUAUUGUUGUCCUGUACCCCUUAUGGCCACUUGUUUUGCGACAGGGUGUCUACUACCUGAGUUGGGGAUUCCUGAUGCUUCUUGGUCUCUUCUUCCUCAUGGCCAUCGUCCGUGUCAUCAUAUUCUGCAUUACCUACUUUACUUUGCCGCGUGGAUUUUGGCUCUAUCCCAACCUCUGGGAAGAUGUUUCUUUCAUGGAUAGUUUCAGACCUGUUUGGGCUUGGCAUGAGACUGCAAAGCCUAAGAAGAAGAAGAAGGCUAGCAAGUCAGUUAACGUCGAGUCAGCGGCUCAUCUUGCGGGUCAGACGGGCCAUCCUCCUCCGGCAACUGCUACUACAACCGCGACUGAGACCCAAAUCCAGACGGCUCCGCAGCAAAGGGCAUAUGUGGCUCCCAAGGUCGAGGAGCUGGCAGACGAUGAAUAA